UCACUAAAGUCCCUAAAUAUUGAUUAACCGUGUUAUUUUGGAAUAAUGAAUUUAAUAUUUUCUUUUCAAUAAAACAGAAGAUAUUGAUGAAUUGUUAGAAAUUCUGAAAGUUUUUAUCAAGCCACUGAAAUAUUUUUCUAAUCUCAUACUCUCAUUGGGAAAUAUGAUAGUUCCAAAAAUAUCUAAUCAAUUUUGAAGGUUCUCUUGCAAUAAAUGUUUAAUUAUGGUGUGAAUUAAAAAUUGUUCAUAAUGUUGUAAAUCGAGAGAUAAGUUUAAGGUAACAAUAUAUACAAUGGAUUCUUCAUGUUUAGAAGAAACACAGGAUCCAAAUGAAAUAUCUUCAAAUUCACCCCAAAAUAUUAUUGAACAUGAUGAUGCUUCUACUCUGAAAGAGGAGAAUAAUGAAUACUCUCUGAAACCUACCUUCAAGAACACUUUACAGGCCAAAAAAAGAUUACAAGCAUUUGCUCAGCAGAAGCAAAUUCUAAUUUCUCCUAAAGCAAAAAUGAAAUCUGCAGGUCUCAAUGAUAAAUUUUUGAAUAUUCAAUGCGAAUCUCAAGAAAACGCUGGCAUCAAAUCGAAGAAAGAAAACACCAUAGAUAAAGCUAAGGCUACUGUUGAAGAGAUUGAAUUAUUGAAAAAAUCAGAAUUGUCAUAUAAAAUUCAAAAUAAUGAAGCUGAGAAGGUAACAAGAAGAUCCAGAUCUAAAUCUUCUGAACAAAAUUUCAUUUUUCGUAAAAGAGAGAGGAAAGUAAGAAAUUAUAGGAAAAGUGAUAGUACUCGUAGGUCCCCUAGUCCUACAAUAAUAACAGCCAGAGACAAAUAUUCUCGCAGGUCUCCCAGUCCUACAAUAACAACUGCUAGGGAUAAAUAUUCAGAAAAAUCAAAGGUGAAGUAUCCGAGAAAUUGGGAUGAGUUCAAACGUGACCAAUGGACUUUUGAGAAGUUGCUGUGUAAAGAUUCUCAUUUCAAAAGUCAAAGCAGUAAUACACCUAAUGAUAUAUUUCGACAACUUCUUUUUGAUUCUCCUUCUGAUUUAAUAAAACCAUAUCAUUUCAAAAAUAACAGGGGAGAAGAUGUAUCGAUUCCGUAUAAAUUCUUAAGGUUCACUCUGACAAGACCAAGAAUCUCUUAUAAUGAAAAUUUAACUAAAGUGAAAGAACCCUAUCUGAAUAGGAAACAAGUCCUGAAUAGAACCAAUAAAAAUCAUAAAGAAUUCUUGGAAAAAUUUUACACUAGAAAUUCAAAAAAAAUCAAAACGAAUGAACCUAUGGGUCAGAGAAAUUGGUAUUUGAAAAAUUGGAAAGACAGUGAAUCAAAAGCAUUAGAAACAUCCAUAGGAUUAUCAUUUCUUCUUAAUUAUUCUGAUGACGAGGAAGAUGAUGACCAACUCCCCUUAGAUCUGCAUGAACAUCUUGAGAAAAGUGCCCAGGGUAAAAAAGAAAGAAAUGAAACUAAUUUGAAAAUUGAAGAAGCAAGCAAAACAACAAAUGAAUCAACAAAAGAAGAAACUGAAUAUAUUUCAUUCAAGGGGGUCGAAAGACAUAAAGAUAAAAAAAAAUAUUCUCCUUCCAGAAGGAAAGAUAGAACUAAAUCAGAAAGUACAAAUGAAGAUUCGAAAAUUGAAGAGCUAAAAUCUUGGACACCAGAAAGAAAAAUGUCAUUAUCAGAAGACACAUGUAAAGAAAGUCCCAAAAUAAAAGGGGAAAAAGAGAUUGAAAAUGAAAAAAAAUUAAACAAUAAAAAGCAAGAUAGUAUUGUUAAAUCCAUACCUUCUGAUGAUGAAUGGGCUGAAACCCCAGAUAGAAAAAGUAAUAUUGAAAAAGAGAACAAGAAGAAAAAGAAAAAAUCGAAACAUGAGCAUAAGUCUGAUUCUAGUUCUUCAUCAUUGGAUGAAGAAAAAUCGAAGAAAAAAAAGCGAAAACAGGCUAGAAAAAAGAAACAGAAAGAAAAAGAGAAGAAAGCGAGGAAGAAAGAGAAACUUAAGGCAGAGAAGUUGAAGCAAAAAAAGAAACAGAAGAAGAAGGAGAUACUGAAAAAAUUGAAGAAGGAAUUUCAACAUAAUUUGGAGAAGGAAGAGAAGGAAAUUGAAAAGCCUGUCAAAGUGAAAGUUGAAAAGGAAGAUAAAUGUGAAGACGUUAUGCCACCAGCUGAAGACUCAAAAAAGCUCAUAAGCCAGAAAGAAUAUGAGGAAGAUGUGCCUGCGGAAAAAGUAGAGAUCAGUUUGAAGGUGAAGAAAGAGAAACAGCUCGAGGAAACAGUGAAGGUCAAUGAGAAAAUUGUAGAUGAGAUUUUAAGUUCCGAACUUCCUGUGAAGAAAACAGAUGAGGAGAAAUCGAGGAAAAAAGCCCAGAUCGAAGAAAAUGCCGCAGAACCUACGCCAGACACUGAAGAAUACCAAUCUAAUUGGGAGAGUGACGAUGGGGUUUCAGUUGUUAAACCGGGAUCUAAAAGGGGCAACAGAGGAUGGGAGAGUGAUGAGGAAGUGUUCGAGAGGGCUUUUUCGAAGAAAAAACCUAGCGAUAUCCCGUUCGGAGCUUCCCCGGUCCUAGAAAUGCCCCUGGACAUCAAAUUCACGAAACGGAGUUACAAUAAGCACGAGAAGAAGAGGUCUCGAACACGUUCUCCGGAAUAUUUAGAUAUGAGAAAAGAAAUCGAGCUGCUGGAAGCGGAAAGAAUAAACUUGAACAAGCAACGAAUGCAGUUGGAGAUGGAGAAGAUAAGGAUACAUGAAUUGGAGAGGAAGAAGUCGAUCGAGGAGAUGGAAUACAGGGAUAGGCAUGAGUCGUCCCCUAUUUGGCUGGAAAAUAGGAAUAGGUGGCCGGACGAUAUCCACUCAUCACCCAGAGAAAGAAGACUGAUGGAAGAACACCACUCGAAAAAUAGUGAUAAAGCGGAUGAAACUGCUACCAGCUCGAUUAAUAUCAGUAAAUCUAGUUCCGAAAACAUAAUGGUCAUCCACAGUUCACCGGAAAUAUCCUCGACAAAAAGUCCCACACACACCAUACUCGAGAGCGCUUAUCAGGAAUUCAUGAGAGCCGUGUCCGGAGGGGAUAAAACUGGUGACAUUGUGAUAAGUAGCAGUGAAAGCGAAGUACCCUGCCAAAAGUCGAGUAGAACUAAGUCUGUGAUUUCUAAGUCUCGGAGAGACAGGAAUAGGAGAAGGCAUGAGGAAGUCGAACAGCCCAAGAUUCUCGCUACAACCGAUCCCAAGAUAUUGCAAGAAAUACUUCUACCUGGCGAAAUACCCAUGCCAGAAGUACCAACUGUUCCUGCUCCUGUACCUUCCCCCAAGCUGGAUUUGUCCCAAGGAACUAUGCCUGUCGUUAUGAAAGCCACCGCCCAGAUUGCUUUGGAGCAAGCGCCUGCAAUAAAAACUAAGGAAAUUGAACAACCUGAAGAUAAUCAACAGCCGUCUCCAAUUAAUCAAAGCCAAAAAAAACCGUUCACUUUCUCAAGUCUAAUAAUUCAAAAAAAAUCACUUUUACUAGAAAGAUCCAACUGGAAAUUGGACAAUGAUUCUGACGAAGAGUUGCCGCCUAAAAGCAAUAUAGUACAAAAUAACCAACUCGAAGAGAGCAUACCUGAAAAAGCAGCUAUUGAUCCACUGAUAAAAAAAGAAGUUAUAGAGAAGGAAGAGCCGGAGAUAACCGAAGAGAAAAUUACAGAUAAAAAGGUUAGAGACAGAGAGAAAGACACUGAGGGAAGACGUGAAUCUGAGAGUUCGUUCAAAAGGAAACAGUCUAGAAGUCGAAGUCCCUCUAAUACUUCCAGGGACAAAAGAAGAAAGGAAGAUGAUGGUAAAAAGAGAGACGAUGAAAAACGAAGAGACUCCAGUACCAGAAGAGUUGACGAGCAUAGGAAAAAAGAGGAGGAGCCGAAACGAAGUUCCAGGAGUAGAAAUUACUCGUCGCCUUCAAGACACAGGGGCUCUUCUCCCAGGAGGAGAAGAUAUUCAUCUCCUAUUCACAAAAAAUCCUCGCCAAAACACAGAUCUCCGCCAAGACGAAACGCCAGGAGACCUGAAAGGAGCGACAGAAGAUCACCUCCCACUUCGGGAAAGAGGAGGAGGAGCUACUCCCCUGCUAGAACCAGUCCGUCGUCCCGAAGAAGAUCUCCAAGUCCCAGGGAGUCUUCCCAGUAUGGCAGGAUGUCCAAAUCUCCAAGACUCAGUCCGAUGGAAGGGCUAAAACGCAGCGUUGCCGAUUCGACAAUCAGCGACGACUUACUUCCCCAACAUUACGCAGUAGAUAGUUCCAGUUCGCCUUUGUGCAGUUCGACACCUGCACCGUCAAGCAGAAGGCAGAGACUUGCCUUGUCUCCUAAAAGGCCUUCUCUCGACGAAAGGAUCAAUCAGGUCCUGGGAAUAGAGAACGAACCUCAGCAUCAUCAACCUGUAUCGAAACAUACGGAAUCUCUGGAUCCUCGUCAAAACUCGCUUUAUUCCAAUUAUCAACAUCAGCAUCAUCACGAUAUGUCCACUGAUUUGGGGAGUUUCCCAUCGAUGCCGGCUAAGACCUCGUCGAAAAAUCUGCAGGUCGGAAAUAUUAUACAGGUUGUACCCUGCGAGGACUUUGGACUACCGCCUCCUCAACCAGUGCAGGCACCUCCGUCCCAGAUGAUCCUCCAGGUCGGCAACAUGCUGCAGAUAGUACCCUCUGAGAUGGAACCAGUGACUCCUCCUCCACUCCUUUCGGAACCGCCCAAGGGAUCCCCUCUCCUAGUAGAAAAGAGCAUGGCGCCCAACGUGACUCCACAGGAGCGGUCGGCCGAAAACGUAUUGGACGAUAGAUUGGCCGACAGGUUGAAGAAACGCAAGGAGAAAGAGGAGAGGAAGAAGGAGAAGGAAAGGAAGAAGAAAGAGAGGGUGAAAAAGAAGAAGAUGCGGUUGAAAGUGUCGACGGAGGAGAUGAUAAAGAGGGCUCUGGAGUUGGAUGGAUACAUCGGAUUGGAGAACGAGGACCUCAAUGCGAUGAUACCUGAAGUGAUAAGCAGCACGCCUGGGCUUGAUCCCAGCAGGAGUAUUUUAUCCUCUAGUACCUCUAGGUUCUUGGAUAGCAGCCUGAAGACUGAGAGAGAGAGAAAGUCUGUCCAAUUCGCUGAUGGCAUUCGGCCGGGAGAGGGAACUUCGCCGUCAGGCGGUGAAGAACUGUCUUCACCACCUCCCCAAAGCGAAGCUUUGAUGAAACCAAAGAAACACAAGAAGUCCGUCAAAAAGAAAAAGAAGAAAAAGGUUAAGGUGAAGGUGAAAAAGCGACGUACCUUUCCGGUAUCACCCACAGAGUCCGAGGAGGAGUACGAGAACCUUCCCCCACCGUCUCCACCUCCAGGUUCGCCCCCUCCACAUGUUUUUCCCCCAAGAGCGAAAGUUCACACUAUCAACAACAUACCCCAACAUUACCUCCCCUCUUACGGGAUUACCACUGCCCCACAAACACCCCCCGUUGUCCAUUCUCAGUCUAGGAUGAAUCCGGCGUAUCAAACUCCCCCCACUGCCAUUUAUAGAACACCGCCCCCUCAUGUGAAUGUGAUUGGACAGCAUUACCCCCGUUUGAAUCACGUCCCGCCCAUGGGCAUGAACAUACCGCCCCCAACUUCGGCGUUACAUCGAGAUCAACAGACGUAUGGUUCUUACUGAAUAUGUAUAUGAUAAUUUAGGAUUAUUACAGAAGACUUUACUAUGUACAUAAAAAUUUUAUUAUAUAUAUGUGAGAUGUUCAAAAAUUUGACUACUGUUUUUUACAGUAUCUAUCUAUUUGUUGUAAAUUGCUUUGAGUUUCAUUUGGUUUUUAUAUGUAUAUAUUGCUAUAUUUUGGUUUAUCAUAUUGUUGAUUAUGAGAAUUUUUUGUAUGUAGGGCAGGCGAAUAUAAUUUUUCACAUAA